UUUUUACCAAAAAUAAAAUAAAAAAAUAAUCUUUGAAACAUAAAACUUGACACCCAAAUUUUAUUUGAAAAAAAUACUUAAAAAAUUUGAAACAUAUGUCACGUGUAGGCAAUUUACAAAAAUGCUGACUUCUUAAUUCCUAUAAAGGCUCUCUUCCCCUGUUUUUCUCCUCCUCUCCACCUAAUUUACUUCUUCUACUCACUUCACUCUCUCCUCUUUUUAUCAAAUCAAAAAAAAUCAAAUCUCCCCUUUUUUUUCUAAAACCCCAAUUUUUCAGGGUUUAUCGUUUCUGCUAAUUACUCAAUUAACCCCUUUUUCAUCUUCCAUUUCUUUUCUUAAUUCAUUCAUGUGAACAAAUCUAUAAAACUUCCUUAAAUAAUGAGAUCGGUGAAAUACUCUGAACACCGAAGUGUCACUACCAAGCUUCUCCAUUUAUCUUCUCCUUCUCCUUCUCCUUCCCCUAAAAUCGUCAAAAUUUCAGUAAGAGAUGACGAUGCUACUGACUCCUCCGGUGACGAAGAAGACGGCCCCACUUGUCGUACCCGUGUUGUAAAGCAUGUUUUUGAGAUCCGAUUCCAAAUAACCCUGCCUGAAAUCCCGGCCCAGCCGGUGGCCCAAGCACAAGCCCAACCGCAGCCCAGAAAACAGAGGAAAUCUGGUAAGCGGGUUCAAAACGAGAAUACCCGGAAAUAUCGGGGAGUCCGGCAACGUCCUUGGGGGAGAUACGCGGCGGAGAUUCGAGAUCCGGUGAAACGUGCAAGGGUUUGGCUCGGAACAUUUGAUACCGCCGAAGAAGCUGCCGUGAUCUACGACAAAGCUGCUCUCCGACUACGUGGUCCCCUCGCACAGACCAACUUUCACCGACCACCGUUUUCGGAAAGCGGCGUGACGUCACUUUCCGAUGAGUUCGAGGAGGAGGAUGAGGUGGGUCAGAGGCUGUGUUCGCCGACCUCUGUUUUGCGGUGUCAUCAAGGAGGGGAUGACGUGGAGGAGAGAGAAAAUGGAAAAAUGAUAGAAAUCGGAGGUGGGGCCACGGGUAGUAGUAGUACUACCACCCCAACUAGUACUAGCAGUAGUAGUUGCGAUUUUAUUGGUGACCGGAAACCGGAAGAUCAGGUAAUGAGUUUACCGGUAAAUGAAAGUGAGAUGGAGUUGGAUAUAUCAUGGUUUUUGAAUGGAUUGUUUAGUUAUGAUGACGCGCCUAAAACCAUACUUGAUGAUUGUAAUGUUGUUCCUGAUUAUACUUCGUUUGAUCAUGGUGAUCUCGAGGAUUUUUCCGGCGAUUUUGAUCUUGACGGUCCAGAUUUCCUCAAAUGUGAAGUUGAUGAUUAUCUGUUGUGAGUGUGCAAGCUGCUCGUUGAUUCAGUCAACGAUUUUUGGGGUCGGAGUUUCUUCUAUUAAUUAAUUAUUAUAAGGGAUUUUGUUCAAAGUUUUUCCCUAAGCUAAUUAGUUUAUUAAGAAAGAAAGGAAGCUAAUUAUCUAAAUUAUAUUUGUUAUUAUAAUUAAUUGUAGUACUAAUAUUAAUGAUCACUACCUUCUCCCUAAGUCCCUAGUUUUCUAAGUGUGCAUAAAUUUAAGCUAGUACUAAUAAUUUAAGAUUAUUACGGAGUAUAUGCUAAUUAUGCUAAUUAAGUGGUGAAUAUUAUUGGAUUUGAGUUUGUACUUUUGGAAGUUUUUUUUUGGUGUUCAUUUUGAUAUGGAGUUUAUUUUCUCCGUUGCAUUUUUAGUUGACGGUUUGGCAAGAUUUAACUUUUGUCACUAUUUACUUAAGUUACUUUGACUUUUUUUACGAUAGAUUUAAAUAAAAUUUAAAAUAUUAUGGAUAUAUAUGUAUGUUUGGUUGGACAAACAAUUUGAAAAAAAAAUAAAAAUAAUCAUGUAACAAUGGAAUGUGCUAUGUGCAAAGAAAACUAUAGCUAAUUGAUUCGUGAAUAAGA